AUGGCCAUCUUCAACAAACUCACUGGUCUAGCUCAACGAGCUAAAGACGGAGCAAUGACAAAGGUUGUCUUGGCCAAAGACAAACGCCUCGAGCAAUCAUUCUCAGAGGCUCUAGAUCUCGACAAAAUCAGGCUAGGAAAGAUGUCGACCUACGGAUUACCUGAGGUGAUAUCUACAGUUGCUUAUGAUUCCGUAGCAAGCCUUCUGGCAGUUGCUGGCGGAUCAACACAGUAUUCUAUUCGAGUGUUUGGCAAAGGGAUGUCAGCUAGGCUUCAACUUCACACUCUAGCACCUGUAAAAUACAUGCAAUUCAAGAUCGGAUCUCCUAUGCUUAUAGUCAUCGAUCGCGACAAUAGAAUUAGCUUAAUGGAUCUAAAAACAAAGCAACCUAGUCAUGUGUUGGAAGGCGAUGGAAUCAUCACCUGUUUCGAAUAUUGUGUGGGCACAGAUUGGCUCUAUCUUGGCUAUGCAGAUGGUUAUGUCAAGGUACUUGACCUCAAAACAGCUUCUCUUUCACCUUACCGGAUUCCUGACCUGUGGCAUCAACAAAUGCCGCCUGCCACUCACGAUCGCUUCUGCAGUAUAGUCACUGCUAUCCAAAUACAUCCCACUGAUCUCGACCUUUUGUUGGUCGGAUAUCCUUCGGCAGUUUUUCUUUGGUCUAUCCGUGAAAACUCCGUCAAAAGAACCUUUAAGCUUCCUUCUCAAGCACGACUCACUUGUCUAAGUUGGUGCCCGGAAGGAGAUCGUUGGAUGGGUGGCUAUGAUGAUGGGUGCAUUAAUAUGUGGGACAUGCGCUCAGAUACCCCAAUAUUCUCUCGAAAAGUAUUCCAGGCACCUGCUCCAUCCUCGGCCUGUGAGCCUGUCUAUUCCUUGGCCUGGUAUAUUGAUGAUACUUUGCAGAAAUCAUUUGUAAUCGUAGCGGGUGGUUCAGAGAUUCCAGGAUUAUUUGGACUACAUGUAUUAGAGAUAGACACCAACACAAAAGAAUGUCGUAAACAAACAAUUGUGCCUUCUCCUGUGGAUAUUUCAUCUUUUGUGUUAAUGCCCCGUGAUCCUUAUUUUCUUGGUGCACGACAUCCUCUUGGCGUACUCGUACUUGGAUGCGAUGGAACACUUAGGGCACACAGUCUUGCCCAUGGUUACCCACUUUUAACCUUACCGCCUGCUCUCCAAUUCCUUGACCCGCCUGUUUCUCAUGCAUGCCCAGUUCUCGUCAAACCUGCUGCGUUUGAAUUGCUACGUCCUCCUCAUAUUCCCACUCAGUAUCUACCAUUGGCUGGAGGAGUAGUUGGUAGUGAGCACACAUACCGCAUAUCAUCCAAUGAUAUUCUUAUUACACUUCAUCCCGAUAGCUCCAUAUCUUUUUAUGAUGCUUCUUACACUGCACUUCGUCCAUUACCACACCUUACUCGAAAUUGCCGACAUGAUCUUCAAGACCCUUUAGCCAAUAUACAUGCUUUUAAUCUUGAUCCAGAUAGCGCCACCCUUUCAGUGGGAUUUGACACCGGGGCUGUUUUGAUAUACCAUCUUGUAGAAGCAGCCGUUCCUGAAGAUAAUAUAGUGACUCAGUGCGAUUCCACCCUCAAAGAAAUAUCAGAUCUUUUGCAGGAUAUGGAUAUGCUUCCUGAUGAACAAAUUCCAUUUGAACCUUUGGAAACGCCCGAUUUUCCUGUUGAUAUUACCACCUUUGAGUUUAACCAACCCAAUGUCAACAAGUAUCUUCCUGUUACGUUAAUUAAACUUCAGGAUACCUCUAUAAAAUACCUUGUUAGUGCUGGAAAAGACAUUAUUGCGCUAGCUACCACAGAUGGUAAGGUAGCUCUUAUUGAUACAAAGACGAGCCGAGUUAUGUUUUCAUCGGACAUGCGAAUUCAUGUAUUUAAGGAAAACAUUCCCAAGGAAAGUGUAUCAAAAGAACCCCUUUCCAAAGAAAAUCCACAAAAAGAAAACAUCACCAAGGAAAAUGCACCCAAAGAUACAACAUGGGACGAUAUACUCAACGUAGGAAAAGAAUCACCGAACCUGCCAAAUAUAACAGUAACAUACCUCGGCUUUUUCACCUCUUAUUCCCAGUUCAAUAUGAUUGAACCUACUCUUCAGCUGUACGUUGCUCUCAGCAAUGGGUCUACUUAUCAUUAUGCUGUUAACGCCGGCCCUUCUGAUCGUACUUGGAUCCCAGCCAUUGCCCCAUCUAUAUACCACUAUGGCCCCGUAAUUGAUUUGUUUGUACUCAACUUAAGGGGUCAUCUGCAGACUGUUGAUACGACUACUAAACCAAUCGACUUGACCCAAACUGCCAAAAGUACAGCAUCUGUUACCCCUCCAUUGCCACCCACUGUUGACUCUUCUUCGCCUGAUUCAAACGUUCCAGCUGUUGGAACUAUGAGGCCUGAUCCGGCUGCUUCUAUUCAUACCACCUUAUCGACCAGCUCAAUCCCGGCUUCAACUGGUUCGGUUGUAGAAACCCCUCCGAUAACACCUCAAUCUGCACUGGUAACGGAACCUGAGUUUAUUUCAGAGUCACCAACCAAAUCUUCGCCGGCUUCUCCUGUCUUGCCACCCAAGAGUUCUCGCUCCCGAUCUGGAUCGCUUAACUUAUUGAGGAAAUCGAGUAGGAAGAGUAACAAACAGACUGCACAGUCCAAUGAGAAUGUACCUCCUGUACCAAAACUACCCACAGGAAGAUCCAAUGAUGGAAGACCCGAUUAUAAGGUCCAACCCGACCCGCAUUUUAUUGUUUUAGUAAAUUCAAACACUGUGCGUGUGGCCCUGAGUGGUUAUCAAGUUAGAUUGUUUAAAACUGCUAUUGAUGAACUUGAGGGAUGGAAAACUGGGGACUGGAUUAUACGUGGCCAAGUCAUUGAACUUAAAGUCGGAACUUGUCUUUCCUUGUUACUCCAAUCUGGCAAGAUAGUCUUAUAUUCAUUACCAACAUUACGUCCCCUGGUUUAUCUUGAGCCACCUCCCAGAUUAUUGGUCGAUAGAUUGCAUGAAGCUACACUAACGGCCGAUGGACGAAUAACUCUCUGGACAGGGCGAUUUGAAUUGGAGCAAUACACAUACAUGCUUCAAAAUGAAAUCUCAUUUGGAGAAUCAGUCAUGCUAUAUGAUCCUGGACGAAUGCUUGGACCUCGUCCGGUAACGGUGACACCUGCGCCAAAAAAGACAUGGCUUGGAACAGUGACAAAUGCUUUCCAAAAAGAACCUCUAAGCAUUGAGGAAUUAGAUGAUCAAAUGGGAAGACAUCCGCCACCUUCAGUAGAAGAAAACACACACAAACACGAUGUCAAAGGAAAGGGUGUGUUUGAAGAACUCGGUGAUCAAAUGAAUGAGCGCGGGGACCGAUUGAAUCAACUUGAUAAAAAAUUCCAAGAUAUGAGCGAUGCCUCAGGCGACUUCUUAAAGGCAAUUCAGGAAUAUAAUGAGCGCCAAGCUAAGAAGAAAUGGUGGGAAUUCUAA